AUGGUACCGAGCGUCACUCAGCCAUCGCUAGCCUCCAUACCAAUCAGCUUUACGGUCGACUUCGAGAGGAAGUCCAAGCCAGCCCCGGGACCCACGGACAACGAGCAAGGAAAGGUUGCGUACGGCGUUAUCGAAGAAGUUCUUCAACUGAUAUAUCGGGCAAUGCCAUAUGCGGUGCGAGGUACUUACAGUUCGAUCCAUCGCCGCUUGGAUGGCCUCGAGCUCCCGUUUCACUCCGCCCGCGUUGCCUACGAAAACGGCGAUGUCGAGACUUUGGUAGCAAUCAGAGAAGCCAUCAGGGGGGAAUGGGUCAAAUUACAACCCCGGCUGUCGCGCGAAGCAUCUGCCAUCUCGCAGUCAAUCUACGACGUGUUCAAGACUAGGGAUAUCGCAGAACUGUCCGAGUCAAAUCCACGCGUCGUCGUGCCAGCAGAGACUAAGACGUCAAGUCCCGUUUCUACGAUGGAUGAGCUAAUGGACUGGGACUGGUCGGAAGUUAAAUGCGGGGUCCCCAAGCACGGUGAACCUGGCGUUACCAUUAAGGAGGAUAGUUGGAGGAUCUACAUCUACAAGGGCGAUAAAAUGUGGACGCGUCUGAAGACACCGCAGGCGAUAAGCGAAGCCAAGGAACGAGGCAGACGCGAUGGCAUACUUUGA